UAUUUUUUUCCAUGUGAAAAAUCUUUUGUUUAAUUGGACUUACUAAAACUGGAUAAUCAAAAUGACUCAAACACAAAUUAAAAUGAGUAAAAAAGAUUUGGUUUUGUUGUACAGAUAAAAGUUGUUGUACCAGUAUCAAAGGGGAAAACAGAAUUUUAAAAAGUGCAUGUAGUUUUUGUUUUGUUGGAAUUAACAAAUAAAGUAUAUCGUUACAGUGAUAUUGUGAUGUUUAUAUCUCAUGUAUGAUAUUUAUGCGAGUUUUAAAUGACACCGUUGUUUUUGUUCUGGAUGAUAUUAUAUUGGAUAUUUGCUGUACAAAUUGUUUUCACAAACCACAUUGUAUUGUUUGAAUUCGUGCUAGAUACAAUAUAGAUGUAUUUUAUAAACACAUUCACUUUAACAGAAAACAUCGCUCUAGUGAUAUUAAAAUUAAACGUUUUUGUUUUUCACUGUCAAAAGUUAAAAGGCAAAAAAUUUGUAGUUAGAGACAUGGAGGCUACGAUAGUGUAAUGUGGUACAAAUGUGCGUGCAAAACAAAGAAACGUAUGGUUGGGAUCCAAUUUCCAAAACAGGCAAAACGAUAUACCAAAAGGGAACAUAAUUUUUUUGGUGUCUUCAAUUUGGAAAUGGUCAUUAUGAGUUCAUUACGCAUGCGCAUGUAGAACCAAGACCAAGAUCCAAGCGGUUCACGAAAUCAUAGUGUACUGAUCAAUAUCAUCAAAACGCCUGCCAAUCACCCAGAUAAUACUGAUGAGUUCAGGUAGGAGGAGCUUGAUGAUCAUGUGAUUAAAGCUGCACUCUGGAUUCGCCGAUUACGUCUUCCGCAGCAGUGACGUAACUGAGAAGCGAUUCAUAUUCAAAAGAAACUACAGUAAAUACUUGUAUACAACUGAAAUUAAAUGAAUUAGACAGCGUAUUCGAAAUAAUAAUCAUUAAUGACAACGAGAGAUAUCUACCUAAGAUUAAAAUCUCUGCCAAGCUAAAUCAGAGGUCGCAAAAAACUCGCAGUGAAACAGUUUUCUCGGAGGAAGACAAGCCGUGAAAAACAUCGACUGCAGGACUCGGAGGGUUAAUUUUUUUUUCGCAGUUUUCACACAUUUUUGGAGUAAAGUUUUGAGUGGAUUGUCUCUUACAUAGAUAAUCACGUGUCAAACCUGUCAAAAACUUUUGAGAUUUUUUCUCGCAACGGGAAUAUAAAUAAUGCACAAAACUCUUACUGGCUCAGAAAACGAUUCUGUUUGAACUCGACACAAGUGCCUCGUUGUUAGACUGAAAUCUAAUACCGGCUUAGCUUUUCGGAUUAUACACAAGGAUCGUAUUAAGUCUCUGGGAUUUGAUCUGCACCAAGAAAACAAACACAUUUUAAGCUUUAAAAAGUUUACAUUGGUUCGAGUGUCGCCAAACGAUAGGUUUCAGCUAUAUGAUCCGAGCUGAAUCUGGCGUCAGAUCUUAAGGAGCCACUGGACUUUAUUCAAAUUUCUGGACCUCGUGGAUUAAAAAAUUAACGUGCCUGUUUAUGAAAAGAACAAUUCUCAUUUGUGAAAUAGACAACAUCUUCUCUUUGGAUUUAUUGACUUAAAGGAGUGGACUUCGAGAAAAAGUGCUAACUAAUCUUGACUCCAGUGUUUGGAACAAAGCUAUCAAUUUAUCAAAAUUGACGAGCAUUAAAUAUAGAUAUUUGGAUUUCAUAUAGGUCACAUUUGUUUAUAUUUUCGCAUCAUUUAAAUAGUUUUAGAUCCAUGGUUAAGACAUUGUAUCAUUAAGGGCUUUAAGAGAGUUGUUUAUACGGUGAAUUUUCACUUAUAAACAAGAGAGAAAAUUUAAGUAUAAUCGCAAGAUAGCGUAUAUCUACUGGACCUAGAUAAAAACUCUCUGCAUCGGUCAGUUUGUGGAAGAUAAAUACGUCCGUGCCGAAAUAUCUGACCUAGAGAUUAGCUAAUUUAGAUCGCGGAAUGGACAUAUAAUUGUCUUAAUUUUGUGUAAAUUGAGCCGGAAUAUCUUCUAAAUUAUUCACUGAUUUGAUGCGAAGUUAACAGAAGGUGAACGAACAGACUAGACUGUGUUCAUGAUUGCCUGAAAAGUUUCGUAGAAGGAAAGAAAAAGAGAGAGAGGAUAGACAGAAUGAAGAAAUCAAAGAUGGAGAACUUUGUUGUAGUGUUUCUGGUGCUGGUUGCAGCCGGAAUGACAGAAGGUGACAAGAAACAAUGUCAGGAAAUCACGAUACCUAUGUGUAAAGGGAUUGGAUAUAAUUACACCUAUAUGCCAAAUGAAUUCAACCACGACUCCCAGGACGAAGCGGGUUUGGAGGUUCACCAGUUCUGGCCCCUAGUGGAGAUCCAGUGCUCUCCGGAUCUCAAGUUCUUCCUGUGUUCCAUGUACGCCCCAAUCUGUAUGGAGAAUUACAAGCCGCAUUUACCAGCAUGCAGAUCAGUAUGUGAGCGGGCCAAGUCCGGAUGUGCACCGCUGAUGAGGCAAUAUGGCUUCGUGUGGCCUGAGCGGAUGGACUGUAGUAAGCUCCCUUACUAUGGAGAAAAAGGGAAGCUGUGUAUGGACCGUAAUAUUACUGACAGCUCAUCGACAGACCGGCCUCCAAGGCCGCCGCAAGGUCAGAGAACGACACACAAACCCACUGGCCCAGCAGCAACACCAAAGAAAAAACUGGACACAGAUAUUAUCAAUCCUCAUACAGACCUUGAUGACUGGGAAAAAUAUAUGAACAAUCCGAACUUUAAUGACGUCAAUGGCAUUUUGGACCCGUAUAAGACACUUAUUGAGGAGCACGCGUGCUCGUGCAAAUGUAGGUUACAGCCGAUAGAUGAAUCGAGCCCAUAUUACAACAAAGUAACCUCGGGAGGACUGAAAAAUUGUGGUAUGAAUUGCACGAGUCCGUAUCUUAAUGAGGACGAAAAGACUUUCGCCGCUUUCUGGAUUGGAUUAUGGUCCAUUUUGUGUUGUAUUUCAACAUCAGUUACAUUGCUAACAUUUGUUAUUGACAUGUCAAGAUUUAAAUAUCCAGAACGACCAAUCAUAUUUCUCACCGGAUGUUACUUUAUGGUUUCUAUUGGUUACAUUAUUAGACUGGUUGUCGGACACGAGAACGUCGCGUGCGACGGAAGUAUGAUACGAUAUUCAACAACGGGACCAGCGUCUUGCGUAUCCACGUUUUUACUGAUAUAUUUCUUCGGAAUGGCGUCUUCAAUUUGGUGGGUUAUCCUGGCGUUCACAUGGUUCCUUAGCGCCGGACUGAAAUGGGGCUCGGAGGCCAUUGCAAGCUAUUCACAAUAUUUUCAUUUCGCAGCAUGGCUGAUUCCCAGCGUGAAGAGCAUCGCAGUUCUUGCUAUGUCAAGCGUUGACGGGGACCCAGUGGCGGGAAUCUGUUAUGUAGGGAACCAGAAUAUAAAUAACCUCAGAGGAUUUGUGUUAAUUCCCUUGUUUGUUUACCUUAUAAUUGGAUCCACGUUCCUUAUCGCUGGAUUUGUGUCCUUGUUCAGAAUCAGAAAUGUGAUUAAACAUCAAAAUGGUGGAAAAAUUGAAAAACUUGAGCGCCUCAUGAUCAGAAUAGGUGUGUUUUCUUUAUUAUAUACAAUUCCUGCCACAAUUGUGUUAGCGUGUUACUUUUAUGAACAGUAUUUAAAAGACGAUUGGGAGAAGUCAGUUAUCUGCCCUUGUUUAGAAAAAUCAUCACCUGACUUUGCAGUGUUUAUGCUGAAAUACUUUAUGUUACUCGUAGUGGGGAUCACCAGUGGAUUCUGGAUAUGGACAGGGAAAACUUUGGAAACGUGGAAAAAACUUUGUAACGGAAGUUUGUGCUGUAAAAAUUCGGACUAUGCCUACUCAAGGCCGCCAAUAAAAUACUCGCCGACAAGUAACUCGGCAGUGUCCAGCUUACACAAGCCUCCUGUUAGUCAUUGUUAAACUUUUUGUGUGUAGUAGUAAUUACCUGUUUAUGUGUCAUAGGGCAAAAAGGUUGUUAGUUUUUUCAGGCUUGUGUUUUAUUUGACAAACUGUUUCCAAUGUGUGUAUAUAAAGGGAAGUAAUUCCAUGAUUUGAAUUUUAGACAAAUGAUUUAGAAACUAAUAACUUUUUAGCCAUUGAAGGGUUGUCAGUUUUGCUUUUUUGUUCAUUUUAGGGAUAAUUUUUAUUUCAAUUUCGUCGUUGUAAUUUUCGCGUCUGUAUUGAAUUGUUUUUAGAAUUAAUGGUAAUUCAGUAAUAUAGAAAUAAAAAUUAUGAAUCCCUCUUUAAAAUGUUCAUGAGAUUCUAAAUAAUUUGGUACUCAUUAUUUAUUAAACGGGUGAAUAAGCACUAUAUAAUUAAGAGAAACUUGGAUCUGACAACAGGCUACACCAUUUUUUUUUAUUUUAUCACCUUAAAAUUUCUGUUUUCUAGAAAUAUCAUUCAAAUUGUACACAGUAAGCGUCCGUAUUUUUUUUCAUCUUCUGCCCAAAUGUUGUCUUACUUUAGUUAAAUUGUGUUCAAUUAUUCUGUUCAAUAAAGACCCCUUAAACAUUUUGUUGCAUUAUUAAAACACUGGUUCCGGAAAUUCAUUUUCUUUGCACGCUUAUAUACCUUUGUUGUCAUGUAUAUCGUUUUGAAGCAUUGAUAAGAUAAUGGAGAAAACUUAAGCUUGGUGUAGCCUAAAUUCAGACUGUAAUAAACUGAUGACCUCUUAAAAAUUAUGAGAUUAUAUGUAACAUGAAAGCCAUUUUUGUACCUAUAAUAUAGGUAGUUUCCUUAUGUACUGUGCAAUAAUUCGAUACAUUCGGAUAAAAAGUGCAUUUCUUUAACAUGUAUAUGACUCUCUUUGUGUUCUUUAUACACAGAAAAAAGUUCGUGCAUUCCUUUUGCACGUGCAGGUGUUCUAGCAUUUUAUUGGACGGCAAGGCUUUCGAGCAACCAAUCAAAACAUUUACUGUGAUCACGUGCAGCAUUACGUCAUAAUUUGCAUAUUUUGUAUUAAAACAUUUUAAAUAUUUUCCUCAUUAUCAAUAUAUAUAUAUGUUGUUAACGAGUCGCUGUUUUCGCUUUACUUUCACAGUAUAAUAGCAGAUAUUGUUCUGUAUUGAGUAGUGAUCUGUAAAUCUGUUUUGUAUUAUACUGAUGUAUUUAUGUUUAAAUGGUUUAAGUAUAAAUGUUUAAAACUAUGUUUGAAUGAGCUCUGACGAAGGUUGGCAUGCUGAUGUAUAUAUGAUGAAUAUAUCUGAUCUUUAUGAAAUUUACCAUAUAUCUUACGAGAAGUUAAAAAAAGGUGCUAUAUUGUAACAUAAAUAGGUGCAAACGUGAAAUCAAAGAACUAUUUGUAAAAAUGUAUGAUAUUUUAUGAUACAUGAUACUUAAGAAAGUAUUUAAAAAUAAAAAAAUGUCUCGUUCAUAAA